GAAUUAACAUCCUUGACCUAGGAUCCGGGAUUAUACGCAUGCGCAGAGAACCACGUGACCAAUAGUCUACACGUGGUGGCUGUCAGCGCACGGACGCAUUUAGCUCGUGGUCUGUGUGAAUAAGCGAUCGAAACUGUUUUAUCUCACGACAGGUUGAAUACAAGUCCAAGGUACAAUUCUGCAACCCAACAAUGAAUAAUUCAUCAGGAAGAAUGGAUAGGAGUGGAGGAUUUGGAAGGUCAGACAGAAGCAAUAUACGUGGUGGCAUGGGAGGGGGGAGAUUCAAUAACGGAAGGGAUUUUUCAAUGAACGGCAUGCAGCGUGGAGAACGUCUUCGUAAGCCAAACUGGAAUAUAGAAGAACUUCCACCUUUUGAAAAAAAUUUCUACAAGGAGCUGCCUAGUGUUACAAACAGGUCUCCAAUGGAGGUUUAUCAAUUUAGGCAGACUCAUUCCAUCACAUUGUCAGACAAGCGAGUGCCAAAUCCUGUCAUGGCCUUUGAAGAAGCAAGUUUGCCAGACUACCUGAUGAACCAAAUUCGUAAAAAUAGCUUUGCAUCACCAACACCCAUUCAGUCACAAGCCUGGCCGAUUGUCAUGUCUGGCAGGAAUCUAGUAGGCAUUGCUAAAACAGGAUCUGGAAAAACCUUAGGGUUUAUUUUGCCUGCUAUUGUACAUAUCACUAACCAAGCACAUCUGGCUCGUGGAGAUGGACCAAUUUGUCUUGUUCUUGUCCCAACCCGAGAACUGGCACAACAAGUUCAAGAAGUGGCUUCAGAAUAUGGUCGCACAACUCAGGUUCGCAGUGUAUGUGUUUAUGGUGGUGCGCCAAAGGGACCACAGAUACGAGACUUAGAAAGGGGUGCAGAAAUUUGUAUUGCCACGCCUGGACGUCUCAUUGAUUUCUUGGAAGCUAAUCGCACCAACCUGCGCCGCUGUACAUAUCUGGUGCUCGAUGAGGCAGAUAGGAUGCUUGACAUGGGCUUUGAACCUCAGAUCCGAAAGAUCAUUGAACAAAUUCGUCCUGACCGUCAAACUCUCAUGUGGAGUGCCACCUGGCCCAAGGAAGUGCGCAAGUUGGCUGAAGACUUCAUUUCUGAGUUUGUGCAGAUUAACAUUGGCAAUGUUGAGCUUGCCGCCAACCACAACAUCCUUCAGAUUGUUGAUGUGUGCAUGGACCAUGAGAAAGAGGAGAAACUUGUGAAGUUGUUGAAUGAAAUUAUCGAGGAAAAGGAGAACAAAACUAUUAUAUUUGUGGACACGAAAAGGAAGUGUGAUGACCUGCAUCGUAGAAUGAAGCGUGAUGGAUGGCCAGUCACAUGCAUUCAUGGAGAUAAAUCUCAGCAGGAGAGAGAUUGGGCAUUAAAUGAUUUUAAGCAGGGGAGAUCAGCAAUCCUUCUUGCAACAGAUGUUGCCUCCCGUGGCUUAGAUAUGGAUGACAUAAAGUUUGUGGUGAACUAUGACUACCCAAAUGGCUCGGAGGACUACAUUCAUCGUAUUGGGCGCACAGGGCGAGCUCAUAAGACAGGCACAGCCUACACCUUCUUCACGCCUAGCAACAUCAAACAAGCUAAUGAACUCAUCAAUAUACUCCGUGAGGCAAAUCAGCAGGUCAGCCCCAAGCUCAUCCAGAUGGCUGAAAAUGCUAGAGGCUUAUCAAAAGGAAGGUCACGCUGGGGUGGUGGUGACUUCGGUAGAGGUCGUGGAGGGCGCGGACGCUCAGGUGGCUAUGGAGGUGCACGGUCCUAUGGAGCUUCAACCAGUGGUUCCUACCAGAAGAAUGGCAGUGCUGGAGCAGCUGCUAAUGGCUUCACUAAUGGCUACAGCUCACAGAAAACUGGACAAUGGAACAGUGGUGGACAGUAUUGAUCUAUUCUGAAACAUCCCUUUGUUUGUCACUCAGAGACUGUGAUCAUCUUCGCUAGCCUCACACCUUUGACCAUUAGGACUGCCUUUGCUGGCUGUUCCUUCUUCAGUGCUCAGAGAAAUGGCACCUGUUGCCUGCUGGGAAAGGCAACUGUGAUCAUCGAAAGCAGCCAGGCUGUAGUAUUUGAUGGUGGGAUCUGGCACAUCGUAAAAUAUUGUUUUAGGUGUUUAUUUUGGUUAUGGUGAUUUUGUGCAUUUGUCAUCGUGUUUGUUGUCAUAAAUUUCUUUGCUUCAGGUCAUGUCCCCAAUAAACAAUCAUUCUGAACUAUUUUUUGGAAAUAAAGAUUUUGUUCUUCCCAGAUAGCAAUUCAAGGCAUCUGUGUAUGAAGGAACAACAACAGUGAAACAUUUAACACCGACUUGACAAGGAUAAAAACAGUAGUGCGCUUGAAAUGCUAUGUUUGAGUUAUAUGUCAAAUGCUCAUUGAAAUAUAUAAGCACUCUAAGUACUGUUCUCGAUCAAAAAACACAAGUAACUUAAAACUCCUUUUAUUUUAAAACUAAAUGAAAUUUUGUCUUUGUUUAAAAAUAAAAAAUUUGCAACUAUAA